CAACACUUCAUCUCACCAUACUUUUGUGUCAACUUCCUAACUAAAUCCGUACGCCACAGAUCCUAACGAAAAUGACUGCAAAAUCGCUGCCAAAAGUCGAGCGGACGACCAUCGCGGGGUCCAUCGAGAUACCCCGCAUCCUCAACGGCCUCUGGCAACUCGCCGGCGGGCAUGACCAGGAUGUUAACGUCGCGGCAGCAGCAGACGCGAUGAAGCCCUUAAUCCAAGCUGGACUCGAUGGCUUCGACAUGGCAGACCACUACGGCCCCGCAGAGCUCGUCAUCGGCCACCGUAACCAUACUUCACCCUCCCACGCCCCCGUCACAGCCUUUACAAAAUGGUGUCCCGCCGAGACCGGUGACAAGUCCUUCAAGACAGCAGAGGCAGCAGUCGACCUCGCUCUCGAAAGAAUGGGCCAGAAGCAGAUCGCGCUGAUGCAGUACCACGUUUGGGAUUACACCGACGACACGUACCUCUACAACCUAUCUCACCUGCGCACUCUGCAACAACAGGGGAAAAUUGCACAUAUAGGACUUACCAAUGUCGACGCGGCGCAUUUGGAGCUGCUUCUUUACUCUGGCUACGAAAUCGCCACGAACCAGGUCUCGUGCUCCGUUAUUGAUCGCCGGCUGACGAGGGGCCGGAUGGCGAGGGCAUGUGAGCGGCACGGGGUUGGUGUCUUGACGUAUGGGACAUUACUUGGAGGCUUUCUGAGUGAGAAGUGGGUUGGCAAGCCGGAGCCUAAGGAUGACGGGGAGGGGAUGAAUUGGAGUCUGCGAAAGUACCUCCGCUUCAUACACGCCGCGGGUGGCUGGGACGCCUUUCAGCGUGUUUUGGGUGCCGUUGCUGAUGUUGCUAAGAAGCAUGACGUUUCUGUUGCGGCGGUGGCGGUGAGUUGGGUGCUUGAUAUACCUGUCGUAAAAGCAGUCAUCAUUGGGGCGAGGUUGACUUCCGAGAGCGGGAAGUACGCCGAGGCGAACCUCGCGGUGUUUGGUUUCUCGCUGGAUGAAGAAGACAGGAGAAAGAUUGAGGCUGCGCAGGAAGGCCAUCAUCACCUUUCGGGGAAGAGCGAGUUGGACGAGGUGGAAAAGGCUAUUGCUAGGGGGGAGAAGGUUGAAUUCCGCUCUGGCGGGAAGUGGGAGCCCGUUGCUGGGUACUCGCGUGCCGUGAGAUUUGGGAGUGUGAUACGAGUGUCUGGGACGACGGCGAACCCGCCACCUGAGCUCCAGCCUGGGCUUGCUGCCGUGGUUGGAGGAGUUUCUGCUCGGGCUCAGGCGGUUGCUGCACUGGACAUUAUCGAGGGGAGUCUUGAGAGGUUGGGGGGAAGCAUGGCGGAUGUGGUGCGGACGAGGGUGAUGCUUCAGCGAGAAGAGGACGUUUUGGAGGUAUCAGAGGCCCAUGGAUGGGCUUUCAAGUGUCAUGGGAUUCGGCCGGCUAAUACUACGGUCACGGCUGGGCUGAUUGGGGAUGAGGUGCUUGUUGAGAUUGAAGUUGAGGCGGAGGUGGGUAGUGGCAAGUCUGUCUUGGUGAUUGGGGAGGAUCGUAGAGCUGUUUGA